CGGCGGCGCGGGAAGGGAAGCAGCGGGGCCGGGAAGAUGAACCGGAGUUUCAACAAAUCUCAGACUCUGCGGUAUCUGGAGUGCAGCGCGGUGGAAGUGAAGAGUAAGUUUGGGGCAGAGUUCAGAAGGUUCUCUCUGGAUCGCUACAAGCCAGGAAAGUUUGAAGACUUCUACAAACUAAUUCUUCACAUUCAUCACAUAGCCAACCUGGAAGUGAUGAUUGGAUAUGCUGACGUGCACGGAGACCUUCUCCCUAUUAAUAAUGAUGACAACUUCUUCAAGGCUGUUUCAAGUGCUCAUCCACUGCUCAGGGUUUUUAUACAAAGACAAGAUGAAGUGGACUACAGCAAUUUUGGGACCAACACACUAUCGAGGAAGAAGAAGGCUCUGGUGACACUCCGCAAUGACAACCUCCGACGGCGUCCUCACAUUAACAUUAGCAUGCCUCAUGAUUUUAGACCAGUGUCUUCCAUAAUUGAUGUGGACAUUCUUCCUGAAACACACAGGAGAGUGAGGCUGUAUCGACACGGGUGUGAGAAACCCUUAGGAUUUUACAUUCGUGAUGGCACCAGCGUAAGAGUUACUCCUCAUGGACUGGAAAAAGUACCCGGUAUCUUCAUCUCUCGUAUGGUUCCUGGUGGCUUAGCAGAGAGCACAGGCUUGCUGGCUGUGAAUGAUGAAGUCCUGGAAGUUAAUGGCAUUGAAGUAGCAGGAAAGACUCUUGACCAAGUCACAGACAUGAUGAUUGCCAACAGCCAUAAUCUUAUUAUCACAGUCAAGCCAGCAAACCAGAGGAACAAUAUUAUUCGGAGCAGUAGGAUGUCUGGUAGCUCUGGCCAGUCUACAGACAGCACUGCGAGUCACCACAGCUUGCCUACAUCCCAUGUGCUGCAGAACUUCCACCCUGAUGAAAUGGAGAGUGAUGAAGAGGCUGACAUUGUCAUUGAGGGUGGUCUGGAGCCACAGCACAUUCCUAAACUGCACAGCCUUACUUCCAGUAGCCUCUCUCGAAUCAAUGGCAGCAGCCUUAGCCACAGACUUCAAAGGGACCUGGUGCUGACCAACAACUCUGGCCGAGAAAGCAAUGGCAACAUCCACAAAUUACUCAGUUCCUUAAAAACUGAUCCCCGACACAGUCUGGUUAUCCCCAGAGGAGGUAUCGAGGAGGAUGGAACAGUCAUUACACUUUAGUAGCAACUUAUGCAAUUCUCUUUACAGUCUUAAGUGCCAAUUGGGACAAUUAACUCGUGCAACAUGUUAUGCACAAAACAGGGAGCUGAUAUUCUCAUAGACCUCACGGGUGCAGAAAAUUGUUGCUUUCUAGGAAACGUGGCAUCUGGAGUUAGACAUAAAACUGUCAUGCACUGCAAAAUUUGUCGGGAGAAAGCCAGAGUGCAAAAUCUGGUUCAUAUCCCAGCCCUGAAGUGAGAACACAAAUUUGUUUUAGUUGGUAUAAAUCUAAGCAGCCUUACCCAUGGCAAUGCUACAUACUUUGGUUUGAAUACAUGGGUGGAUGUAUUAAUACGUGCAUGUAUAUGAAUUAGAUUUUAAUAGUAACAGACAUGUCUAUUUGAAGUGGAACCUGGUUUUCUUCUAAUACUGGCUUAAAGGGAGCGCUUCUUAACAGCCAUCCCAUCUUCUAUUCUUACACACAGCCCUUCCGCUAACUUGUUUACACCAUAUUUUCAGCCUUAUGUCUAAUCCAGAUAAGCUCUAUAUAAAAGUAGCUGUUUCCUACUUUGGGGGUAACAACGUUUGGGAGAUGCUGCAAAUACAUUUUCCAAAGGAAACUGUAGAUUCUAUAUAUAUAAAAAUAAGUGGUUUUAGGGGCCCGAGGCGGCCGUGUGUAGGAUGAAGCCGUGACUGCUGGGGCACGGUCGCCACCUGCGGGCCAGCGCUGGGAACGCGGGGAGGCACCGACACGGCGGGGUCAGCACCGCUGUGUGGUGGUGUAUUCUUUUCCGAUAUUUAUUAGAUAAUACCUCUUGGUUUUUUCCCCAUCAUCUCUUUUUUUUUUUCAAAAUCAUGGUUCAUGUGAAUUUUUAGAGAUGCAAGCAAGAAAGCAGCAGAAGUGGAAGAGUGUGCUAGGACUGUCCCCUUCACCUCAGAGCUGACGCAAUCCCUUGUACCUUUGGGGCCACCUAAAUCCACAAGGUCUUUCCUUACAAAAGAUUGGCUGAUUGCCAAACAGAGCGGGAGGGGGAUGCUGACUGACUCUCAAACCUAACUGUUAUUUUUGGACUCUUCUAGAAAUAAAGCUUAACAUCUGCGCAGGAUUUCUAGAAACUUAAAAUAUAGUGGAUGUUUGCGAUGGUCAGACACCUUUACUGGGUGCUGGCUGUUGGGUGACCAGUGACUUUUGAGUCACUACCUGUCUGCUUCUGAAAAUGCCAUGAGUCUAAGAAAGUGAUUUAAUCCAAAAUAUUUUGUUAUAUCUCAUCAGUGUAAGAAACAAAAUAUAAAUGUUUUACUAUGUAUUUUUCUAUUUUUAGCUUGUGUCAUUUGCUCUUUGUUUUUAACUUUGUAGUACAUUAAAGCUUUUUUUAUAUGGUGGAAUAGACAUUUCUUAAAUAUUGUAUGGAUAUGAAAAUUCAGAAGUCUUGGUUUGAAGAAAUUACAUUCCAUUUUGGAAUCUGUAAUGGCUGGAAAAAGGAUGUGUGGACUAAUUCAUUGUUGCUAAUUUAGAAUACCUGUGGAACAACCAGUCUUCUGCUCAUUGUUAAAUAUCUUUGGGACAUUGAACUUAGUUUAUUUCUUUUAGAUUUGCUUUAAAAGUUUAUUUUAAAAUUCUUUCACUUACUCUAAUUAAACUUUUUCUAGGUAUCACAGCAGCUAUAGAGCUGUACUUAUUUUUACUGGCACAGUGAGAAUAGAUCAUUGAUCCUGUUCGUCUUAAAACUGUGUUUGUACUUUACCAAAGGUUUUAAUUUUUUAAAAAAAUCUGAUUAUUGGUGCAGUAAAAAAAAAGAAUUCUGGAUAUGCUUUAGUCAAUCAGACCAUCUUAUCAGAAAAAUUUUGUUACACCUUAAAUAAGACUACUUUUAUGAAUAAGUGAUUUGUCUGGCUGAAGUUACUCGUUUUUCCUUAUUUAACUGAUGACAAUGUGACCUGUCUGCAAUAAAAUGUGCACUGUCUGACUU